UAAGUAGCUUAACUAGUUCUAAAUUUGUUUGGGGGAAAAAAAGAUAAAAUUGUAAACAUUUGAUUAGUUUUAUUUGAACAUUGCUAAUAGUAACUUUAUUACUACUAUAAGGAUAAAAAGAAAAAAAUAAAAUUAAAGAACAGAAUGCGAUCUGAAAUUUGUGGUUUCAUUCCACAGUGAAGAAGUUUAUAGAUCGAUUCUAAAAAAAAAGAAGUUUACAGAUCCGUUCUUCUUCUCUCAAACACGAAUUAAGACGGUGGCUUCAAUGAUUGCUCCGACGGUAGGGAAAACCCUACUCGCAUCAGCAGUUAUUUUUGUCUCUGUUGCUCUAGCCCUAAUUUUGUUCUCGCCUUCCUUCCAAUUUUCUCAAACGUUGCCCAUUUCUCCGCCGUCAGAACGAGCUGAGAUUUGGAGUUUGAGGAGAUUAAUCGAAUGGCGGCCUUGUAAUUGGUGGCUUCAAGGCCAUCUUGCGGCUCUGCCAGAAAAGAGCAAUGGGUAUAUUCGCAUUGAUUGCUAUGGUGGGCUCAAUCAGAUGAGGAGGGAUUUCUGUGAUGGUGUUGGUAUUGCUCGCUUGCUGAAUGCCACUCUUGUUUUACCAAAAUUUGAGGUUGCUGCAUAUUGGAAUGAAUCUAGUGGAUUCGGAGAUGUAUUUGAUGUGGAUUACUUCAUCCAAAAAAUGAACGGAUUUGUUCAGGUAGUAAAAGAGUUGCCUGUGGAACUUGUAUCAAAAGAGCCUUUUCGAGUUGAUUGUAGCAAGCGUAAAGGCUUAUUUGAUUAUGUAGAAACUGUACUUCCAUCGCUCUUGGAGCACCACUACAUUUCAAUCACUCCUGCAAUGAGUCAAAGAAGGGACAGGUAUCCAUUGUCUGCUAAAGCUGCUCUUUGUCAGGCUUGCUAUAGUGCUCUGCAAUUAACCGAAAAAUUGGAGAAGAAAGGUUUCGAGCUUCUAGGAGCUAUACCCAAACCCUUCCUUGCACUUCAUCUGCGGUUUGAACCGGACAUGGUAGCUUAUAGCCAAUGUGAGUACUCCAGCCUUUCUCCUGCAUCUGUCCAAGCAAUAGAGGCUGCACGAGGAGAUAGGAAGCCCUGGACUGGAGAACAAGCUCGUCUUUGGAGAAGCAGGGGGAAGUGUCCGCUUACACCAAACGAAACGACAAUAAUCCUUCAAGCUCUUUCUAUACCAACAGACACAAAUAUAUACUUGGCAGCUGGGGAUGGUCUAAUGGAACUUGAAGGCCUAACUUCGGUGUAUGCAAAUGUAUAUACCAAAUCCAGCCUUUUAGAUGGUGAUGACUUCAGAAACAUGCAUGGGAACACCAAAGCUGCACUGGAUUACUACGUCUCUAUAAAUAGUGAUUCAUAUAUGGCAACGUAUUUCGGCAAUAUGGAUAAAAUGGUUGCAGCUAUGCGUGCUUUCAAGGGAUUAUACAGAACGCUUUUCUUGAGCCGGAGGGCGUUUGCAGUUCUCACUUCACAGGGGCUUGAGGGGAACUCGUUAAUGGAUGCCCUGUGGAAGGUUCAUAGAAAUGAUUAUGUAAUGGGUGUAGGAUCUGCUUUGCCUGAUUGCUUCUGCGAAUUCAAAUUAUGAGGUACAGAUUUUGUUAUCGUUUUCACCCUAGUUGAAGUUAUUCUUUCAAGAUGAGUUUUGAUCAGUAUCUUAAUAGCGGUGAAAUUUGUUGAAAAAGAAUUUGUAGUCACAUUUGUUGUAUUCAUCUAUUCUAAGUUAUAUUUGUAUCAAUGUAUUUUUCAAGUUGAACAGUAUGAAUCUUACCCAAUGAUAGUCGUUUUUUAAGUUAAA